CGCCGCCGCGGGGGAGACGCGGCUCCCGGCGCUGUGCGCCCGAGCUGCUGCUGCUGCUGCUGCUGCUGGUUACGCCAGCCCCGCCGCCUGCCUCUGCCUCUCCUCGCCUCUGAUUCUGCGCACAGCCAGCCCCAAAGCCUGUCAUUCUGCAAAACACAGUUUACUCAACAGAGAGAGCGAGUGGGGGAGCGGGAGAGGUGGAGAGAGGGAGACGGCGCGGAGGAGACCAGUCCCGCAACCCAGCAUGGCUUCAGGGGACCUUUACGAGGUGGAGAGGAUUGUAGACAAAAGGAAGAACAAGAAGGGCAAAUGGGAAUAUCUCAUUAGGUGGAAAGGCUAUGGAAGCAAUGAAGACACCUGGGAACCUGAACAUCAUCUACUACAUUGUGAGGAAUUUAUUGAUGAGUUUAAUGGACUUCAUGUUACUAGAGAAAAGCGAUCAAGACAUGGGAAACAAGCCAGCGCUCCAAAAUUUUUACGGGAAAGCCGAGGAUCAUCUGUUGAGAAAAUAUCACAUAGACCUUCUGAAUCUGGGAAGCCUAAAGGGUCCACACACAAAAGAAAGAGAAUUAAUCCAUCUCUUCAAAAACAGAAAAGAGGAUAUGCAGCAAAGCCAGCAUCUGCUAAUGACAGGGCUGCUAAAACUGUGACUUACCGAACUACUCCCAGCGGUUUACAGAUCAUGCCACUGAAAAAGCCACACAAUGGUCUGCAGAAUGGAGAUGGCACUCAUGAAAAAGAUUCUAGACAUUUUGGGAAUGGCUCACAACAGCAAAACAUGGAUUUAAAUGACCAUGAAGGAGAACAGAAUUUGCCCAGCGUGUUAGAAGUUAGUAAUGAUUCACCUGUUGUGAAUGGAAUUGGUUCUUCUCUGGCCAAUGGAGGCUUGAAUCUACACAGCACUGUGAAGAGGAAACUAGAUGGGGAGAAAGAUUAUGUCUUCGAUAAGAGACUAAGAUACAGUGUACGUCAAAAUGAAAGUAACUGCCGGUUCAGGGACAUCGUAGUCCGGAAAGAAGAUGGUUUCACACAUAUAUUGCUGUCGAGUCAGACUUCAGAUAACAAUGCACUCACCCCAGAGAUCAUGAAGGAAGUUCGGAGAGCAUUGUGCAAUGCAUCAGCUGAUGACAGUAAACUCUUACUUCUCAGCGCAGUGGGAAGUGUAUUCUGUAGUGGCCUAGAUUACUCAUAUUUAAUUGGCAGGUUAUCCAAUGACAGAAGAAAGGAAAGCACUAGGAUUGCAGAAGCUAUAAGGGAUUUUGUAAAAGCUUUUAUUCAAUUUAAGAAGCCAAUUGUGGUUGCUAUCAACGGUCCUGCUCUUGGGUUAGGAGCUUCUAUUUUACCACUAUGUGAUAUCGUUUGGGCAAGUGAGAAGGCAUGGUUUCAGACACCAUAUGCAACAAUACGACUCACUCCAGCUGGCUGCUCAUCAUACACAUUCCCACAAAUUCUGGGUGUUGCACUGGCAAAUGAAAUGUUGUUCUGUGGGAGAAAGCUGACAGCACAGGAAGCCUGCAGCAGAGGACUAGUGUCACAAGUAUUUUGGCCAACAACAUUUAGCCAAGAAGUGAUGCUACGAGUGAAGGAAAUGGCAUCCUGCAGUGCAGUGGUACUGGAAGAGUCCAAAUGUCUCGUGCGGAGCUUCCUGAAAUCCGGACUUGAAGAUGUGAAUGAGAAAGAGUGUCAGAUGUUAAAACAGCUGUGGAGUUCUUCCAAAGGACUGGAUUCAUUAUUCAGCUACCUGCAAGACAAAAUAUAUGAAGUCUGAUGUCUUGGCCUAAGUUAAAAAGAAAAUGCUCCACUUGUGACCAGAGUCGGAACGUUACCUGUGUUUGAAAAGCAGAGGCAAUGCAUCCUUGAGGAAUUUGUGACCGUGUAUCCUAAUACAUAUGGUUGUGUCGAUUUCCUUGUGAGCUACACGGCUGCUUGUAGCUGGUUUGAUUUCGUGUAACCGAGACGUAGGCAGGCUUGUUCAGUGCACAUAAUCUCUACAGAGGGCUGCAUCUUUCACACGCUCAUCCAGAUAAAAGUAUACAUUCCAUGUGCUGAGAAGCACCACUGAGGCCCAAGACGGCACACCAUCUGUAAUGAUUUAUUUUGUCUGUCCUUCUUAACUUAUUCAUGCUGUCACAACACACCUGGACUUAUACAGAGGGCUCAAUCUAAUUACUGGGUCAUCAAAAUAUUUUGCAGACCCAAACACCAUACUUUGGAAAGAUUUUAAUUAUUUUUUUCUAAGUUCUAACAGUGUAAUGGAAAAAUCUGAUAAUUUAUAUGUAUAAUAUGUAAAGUUACUUUUUCAAAAACUACUAUAAUUUUUUUCUUUGUUGAAUUUAUUUAACUUAUUUAUUUUGUGUUCAUAUUCAGCUGAUUACUGAUCACAGAUCUUAUUUUCAUACUUCCCUUGGCUGAAUUAAUGGCAUCACAUGAGAAUGCAAAUACAUUUUUAGCAGCAAAUUGUGUAGAAAAAUAAAGAAUAUACAGAAAACACACAGAGUGCUGUGAGCGGUAAAAGAAACAGCCACGUGCAUGCUCCUCUGAGCAAAGUUGUACAAAAAAUGUAUGAAAUAGAAUCAUUUGCCAGGGUUAAGGGGAAAAAAGUGGAUUCUGAAACAGCGAAUCCCCUGUAAGUCUCUCUUCACUUUCUGCCUUCCUGAGGAGCACUGAAGGGCUUGCCAACAAGAUGCUUUAUUUAAGUUUACUAUAUUCCUGUUAGCCGGAUGUCAGUAACAGGGUGAGUGGUGCCCUUACGUGGCAUCGUACUGUUUUUCAGGUGUAAACAUCCCCCUUUGGUCUGAAGUCUAAAAGCAAAUCCUUAUGAGCCUUAGUCUAGUUGCCUGAUUCCUCAGGUGUGAGAUAAUUUCUGCUCUGGAGGCCUUUUGGGUGUGGGCCAACAGUUUAUACAAGGUGCUAGGUAUUGAACUAAGUGGAGGGAGAGGUUUUUUGCUUUUCCCAGCUCUCCACAUCUGGCUGCCCCACCAUCUGUUCCAAGAACUUAUGGCUAUCCAUAAAAGCAGUCCACAAUAAACAACAAAAAAUUCAAUCUGCUCUUUUAGAAUGUGAUCCUAGUACUUUUCAGUGACACUGACUGACUUCUGAACACUGGAUCAUUUCUUUCUUGCUAGUAAGGCAAUUAAUACGGAAAUAACACAAGCAUGCUCUGUGACUUCACCUGCCAUUUUAGUAUGCCCAGAUUAAAACCUCUUGAAGCAGAAGCUUUGCACAUUUAUUUGCUUUGUAAUUUGUGCACUUGCUCUCCAUCCUUGAGCUCAGUGACUUGGUCAUGGUUUAAGUCUCUGCAAAUGAGGCCACUAGGUUUUCUCUCCCAGUAUUUCCAUGAAGAGUUUCAGCAAACCCUUUGUAAAGUUAAAUAACAGCUGAUUAUAGUAAACAGUAGCCUUCAACACAUUAAUAUAACAUUUACUCUUCCAUAAAUAAUUAAAAGUGCUGUUUUUAUGGCCUAAUUGUACCACUGAAUUUUAAGGAAAUAAUUACUUUAAAGGCAGAAGUUCUCAUGGAAAUUCUUCAUUAAGAAGACAAAUUCUGGGUUUUAUUCAGUCUGUUUUAAAUGUUUUAAAACAAACUUAUCAGAACACGCAACUUAUUUUUAAAUGUCUGAAAGACAAUUCUUUCAAUAACUAUUUGAAGGGAUAGAUGCACCACUGAUUUUAUACUGACUCUUGUUUAUCUCCACAACCUGCCAGCAAUGCCACAGGGCACACGUACAAAGAGUUGGUUGUCUCAAAGCCAGAGGACCCCUCCUGUGCCAGGGUGUGCACCUGGGCCACCUCUGUGGCAGCCCCAUUAAAAUGAGAGGGAUCACUCCAGUGACCAUUCACACAUGCAUGUGCUUGCACAGUCAGGCCUCCAGCAUAUGAUUUCAGAAAAAAUAAAAAAAGAAAGAAAAAAGAAAAAAUAAAGAAAGAAAAAAAAAAGAAAAAGAAAAAAGAAAAAGCAAUGGAAAGUACCAUGAUUCCUCAACUUCCUUUAUUUCCUUUUUUCCCGUCCAGAGAGCCAUAACUCCUAGUCAUGUGUUAAUAAGUUAUUAGGAAGUUUAUUUCAAUACUAUGCCUGGGUUUUGUAGAUAAAUAUAGAAAAACUGCUCAGCAAUGUGAAGGUAGGCUUUCCAUAGGAGAUUUUCAAACAGAGAAGAAUCGAAAGUUGUUAGACAUUUAAACUGCAUCAUUUCAUCUGAAUUUUCAGAUAUCUGUAUCUUAGCAUUUUUUAUGACAAAGGAAUGGUUGAAAUACAUUUUCUAUAAUUAUUUUUCCAUUAAAGCAAGUGCUAACCAUAGGUAACAUUUUUAAUUAUUCAUAUCUAUACAAUUACAAUCUAGUUUUCAUGGAUUCUAUUUUCCCUUCAAAAACAGAGUAAUAACAAUGUCAAAAAGCUUCUUUUCCAGUAUUUGUAGAUCAGAAUAAUUUUUCUCUUGUGUUUCUGUCCUUACUAGGUAUUCAGAUAUCUAGAUGUACUGUACAUAUUAGUCUGGGUACCUUUACUAAUAUUCACAGUAUUUAAGAUUAUAAAUGCAAUUUGUUGUUAAGUAUGUUAUUUUAUUCUUGUGUAAAUUGUUUUGUACAAUCUUUAAAAAUCUACAGUUUUGCAUUUGUAGAUAUUAAAGGUAAGCAAUUUAUUUUGUGUUGUCCUGCAUGUAUAUUUUUGCUGUAGAUAAGUGUUGCUUAGUUUACUAUUUCAGUACAUUUCUGUUUAAAUGAAUAAGCUUACAAACUUUAAUACAGUAUAUAUUUUCAGAAUAUAAACUUUUAUAUUUCUGUGGUAGGUUAGGGUAUGCGUUUUAGGCAAUCUUUUUCACUACUAUUAACUGUUCUUUUAAUCUAUAAUAUAAUGGUUUUGUGCCAAUAGUUUUUCAUUAGAAUAAAAUGCUCUUUUAAUGUUAGGGAUAAACAGACAAUUUUGGUUGGGGUUUGUUUUAUUUUGGUUUUGGUUUUUUUUUUAUUAUUAUUAUUACUAUUAUUUUGCCAGCCUUUACAGUUUUAAAUGUAAUUUAUAGAUGUAUUGCAUUUGUGAAUAAGCCUUACCAUUAGGUACAAGAAAUCUUUAAAGCUACAUAAUUGCUUAUGUAGUACUAAGGACUUCCCCAAAUAAUGUAAGAAAGUUAGCAAAUCAGAGUACAGGGCCUUAAGUUUUUCUUGUGAAAAGGAUAAUACGGGUUGUUUCUUUUGAACAACAUAGGUAGACUUGUCAGCAUGGGCUUUGUUAUAUAUAAACUGUGCAUUUGUGCUCCCAACCACAGUAGUUUAAUCUCAGGCUUUGUGUGGCUGGGUCUAUAAAAGUCAAAUCUGGCUAAAGCCAGCGCUCUUUAGGAGACACUAAAGAAGUUUACAUAAGAGACUUAUAGACAAUCUUAAUCAUAGUACAUUUGGGUACUUGGUAUCCUGGAUGUGUUAUCUGUGUCUGCCCAAUUAACCGUAUGUUUUAAGCCAUAUUAAAUCUCUUUACUGCUACUUUAAAUACUACACUGAAAGUCAUUCACUAGCUUGCUUACUCACAGACAGGCUUUCAAUUUUUAGUGAAUAAAAAUAUUAUGCCUUCCAUAAACACAAAGGACCAAAGAAUUGCAUUAUUCUAACAAAGCAUUAGUUCCUUCGACAGUGAACUAGUUUGACAUUUGUACUGAAGAUCAAAUAGUCUCUUUCUGCUACAACCACUGCAUUCUCAUCCAUGUCAAGUGUAAGGGGAAAAGAUGUAUCCACUGACCUAUUGGGAAAGGAGUGACGUUCAGCUAGGAUGUCUAUUGGUAAGGCUUAUUACCAAACCUCUGAGAUGAAGCGAAGAACCAAAAAUUCACAAAUUAUGUCACUGUAAAUUUAUUUUCAGAACUUGCACAAAUAAUUAAUUGUAGAACUUUGCAAAUUAGGCCCUUAAGUUAUUUUGUCAGAAUGCCAUGGAACAGACUAAAACAGUUUCUAAUAUUUGUAAUGAUGAGUACAUAUUAUAAUAUUAUAAGGGUACAGGCACCCCUAUAUCACAGUGUUGUAAAUAUUUUCUGAAACUGGUACAGUACUGAGGGACUUGUAUCUUCUGAUAUAUCAAAUAUUGACUGUCUAGAUCAAAUUGUACACAACUUACUUGUUGAUGGUCCUGUAACUAGUGUAUGGACACAUUUCUGGGUGCCUUAGAAGUUGUAUUUUUCAUGUGUGUUAAUAUGCAGUAUUUAUACAUUGUGAGAAGCUGCUUUGAAUAAAAACAUUGAAACUUCAA